UGCCCUCUAAUGGCUCAAGCUCACCAAACACCACAAGUGGCACCGGGAAAAAAAAGGACACUACCACUUCCUAGCAGGCUUACCCAGGUAAAAAAAACAACUCACUGGACACAGUCGGUGUAAUAAUUCCAAUGCAAUGGAGUUAGAUGGUGCUGCAUCGAGUGGAGACCAAGAAGUGGAGGAGCAGUGGAUCAGGAGUAUGUCGGAGCAGCAGAGCGCCCCGGAGCAGCUAGCUGCUGGGAAGAGCCAGGGGGGAGCUGGAGCCACUUAUAAGGUGUUGCUGUUUGAGUUUGAGAACUUCCAGGGCUGCAAGGCGGAGUUUUCUGCCGAGUGUAAAGACGUGACGGGGAAGGGACUGGUGAAGGUUGGAUCUGUGAUAGUUGAGUCAGGACCCUGGGCAGGUUAUGAUAAGCACGGAUUCACAGGGGAGCAGUUUAUUCUGGAGAAGGGCGAGUAUCCACGAUGGGACACCUGGACCAACAGCCAGAACAGCUACACCCUCUUGUCUCUUAGGCCACUCAAAGUGGACAGCGCUGAACACAAGUUACACCUCUAUGAGAGCCCUGGAUUCACUGGGAGAAAGAUGGAGAUCGUUGACGAUGAUGUGCCCAGUUUGUGGGGCCACGGUUUUCAGGAUCGUGUGGCAAGUGUCAAGGCGCUUAACGGAACAUGGGUCGGCUACAUGUACCCAGGCUACAGGGGGCGGCAGUUCAUCUUCGAGAGAGGGGAUUUCAAGCACUGGAACGACUGGGAGGCCCCCGCACCGCAGAUCCAGUCUGUCCGGCGUGUGCGCGACAUGCAGUGGCACAAGAGGGGCUGUUUCACUGCCCCCGACCCGGCUCCGGCUCCUGGCCCCAGACCCGGCCCCGGCCCCGAACCCGACCCCACCCCGGCACCUCCCGCCCCUCCCGCCACGGCUGGAGCCAGCUGAGCAGGAUCCUCACACAUCUGCCUCCUCUUCCCACAGCCCCCCUCCCCCCCCACGCUGCCGACAGUGCCUGCCCUCUACCUUAACCUAACCACGGCGAACAAUGCUUGUGCAGAAUGAGGAGUGCCAUGUACGUUUCAGUGGCGAAAUAAAGAUGUUUGACCUGGG